AACAUUCGCUAUAUGAUUACUUCAAACAUCGAUAAGCCUUGGAAAUUUGAUCAUGUCACUAAAAGGGCCUUUACACUCUUAGAAUCUAUUGAUGUUAACGAACCAUCAUUGCAACGACCUUUUCCACUUCAAAAUGAGAAGUUCUUGUGCUGCUGUUGUUGCAGAUCAGGACCUCUUAAGCUGACAGCCUCCAUUGAUCGCUGCGGUUAUUGUCCUGGCGAAGGAAUUCUGUUAAAUGCAGAAUGCGAAAACUUAACAAAUAGAACUAUGAACUGCGUGCGUGCCCGAUUAAACCGAUUGAUUAUAUGGCGAGCUCGCGGACACUCCGAACGUCGAACUCGCACUGAUUUUGAAAUAAAAUCUCCCGGACAAAUCGAAGAAGGUGGUUCGUUUAAUUGGAGCAAUCAGCUUAUUUGUCUUCCUUCUAUUCCACCGUCAAUAACAUCAUGUGGUAUAAUAUCUGUCACGUAUGAAUUUCAGAUAUCUGUUGUUGUGCCACACGGCAUUAACUUGCAUUGCUCCUUCCCGAUUGUUAUUGGGACCAUCCCUUUG